CUUUUCCACUUUAACAGUUCUGAGACGCUGGGAGACAGUACCACCAACCUAUACUGCAUAAAAAGCAAAGCUGAGAAAGAGAGAGAGAGAGAGAGAUACAGAAACAAAACAACAUUGUCCGCAAAAGAGAGAUCUAAGCAACAUGGGGUGACUCAGAAAAUGGAAUAAAAAAGAAGAAAAAGCAGUUGAAGUUGUUUAUGGCCGUUGGUGUUAAUUGGAACCGAAUGUCUCACGUUUGAAUUUUGUUAUUUUUUUGCACUGCCUCGGGUGUGUCAGAUGUUUGUUUGUUGAUUCUUUUACUCUUGUAACUUGUGAGUUUAACUGAACUGCAGCAAGAGGGACUCUCUAUACCAUCUGUUAUGUAACUGUGUUAACGUGGUUCUUGUUGUAAAUCAUUGAAUUUUCGCGGAUUGAGUUUCUUCAAAAUCAGAAGACUCGGUGUCGGUGUCGGUGUUGAUUUACUUGGCCGGAGCGAUGGCAACUCUGUCCCAUGCUGAUUCUAGAAGAAUGUAUUCAUGGUGGUGGGACAGUCACAUUAGCCCCAAGAACUCGAAAUGGCUCCAAGAGAAUCUGACGGAUAUGGAUUCCAAGGUGAAGCAAAUGAUCAAGCUGAUCGAGGAAGAUGCAGAUUCAUUUGCCAGGAGGGCUGAAAUGUAUUAUAAGAAACGCCCAGAGCUUAUGAAAUUAGUUGAAGAGUUUUAUCGCGCAUACCGGGCAUUGGCUGAGAGAUAUGAUCACGCAACUGGAGUGAUACGUCAGGCCCAUCAUACUAUGGCUGAAGCAUUUCCUAAUCAAGUCCCUCCUCUGGCACCCGCAGAUGAUUCACCUGGAGUAACUUCCAUGGAGACUGAACCACAUACACCAGAGACAAUCCACUUUUCCCGUGCCUUUCUUGACUCAGAUGACCUGCAAAAGGAUGCUUUAACUCAUUUCCAUGCAAUCAGUCGAAAUGGAUCUUAUACUGAUGAAGCUGAUUCUGGUAUAAGCAGAAAGGGUUUAAAACAGCUCAAUGAUCUGUUCAUGUCAGGAGAACCUGUAAGUCAUGCAAAGUCUGCAAGAAGGGGGCUUAAUUUUCUUGACACGGAGGAGAUUAAAGGGCAAGACAACGGAAGCCAAAAUACUAGAGCUCAAGUCUUACCCGAGUCUGAACGCAUUACCAAAGCCGAGACAGAAAUUUUGGCCUUAAAGAAAGUCCUAGCUAAGUUAGAAAGUGAAAAGGAGGCUGGCUUGCUUCAGUAUCAGUAUAGUUUGGAGAGAUUGUCCAAUCUGGAAUCAGAAAUGUCUCAUGCAAGAGAGAAUUCUCAAGGACUUAAUGAACGAGCAAACAAAGCUGAAGCUGAAGUUCAAACCUUGAAGGAAGCUCUUACUAAAUUACAGGCUGAAAGAGAAGCUAGUCUUCUUCAGUACCAGCAAUGCUUGGAGAAAAUAUAUAAUCUGGAGGAAAAUAUUUCUUCUGCUCAAAAGGAUGUAGGAGAACUUAAUGAACGAGCAACUAGAGCUGAAACUGCAGCUGAAUCCUUAAAGCAAGACCUUGCUAGAGUAGAAGCUGAAAAGGAAGCUGCCCUUGUUCAAUAUAAUCAGUCCUUGGAGAUGUUGUCAAAACUAGAGGAGAGACUAAUACAAGCUGAAGAGAAUGCAAGGAGAAUUAAUGAGCAAGCUAAUGCAGCAAAAGAUGAAAUUGAGGGCAUGAAGUUAGAAAUUGCUAAACUUACUGAAGAGAAGGAAGAUGCAGCUCUUCGCUAUCAACAAUGCUUGGAGAUAAUUUCCAGUAUGGAGCAUAAACUCUCUUGUGCCCAGGAGGAGGUGCAUAGGCUAAAUUGCAAGAUAAAUGAUGGGGUUGAAAAGUUACAUAGUUCUGAACAGAAGUGUACUCUCUUGGAAACAUCAAAUCAGACUCUGCAAUCUGAAUUGCAGUCUUUGGCACAGAAGUUUGGAUCUCAAAGUGAAGAACUUAGUGAGAAGCAGAAGGAUUUGGGUAGACUCUGGACUUGCAUACAAGAGGAGCGAUUGCGAUUCAUCGAGGCUGAAGCUGCUUUCCAAAAUCUUCAGAAUUUGCAUUCUCAAUCUCAGGAGGAGCUAAGGUCUCUUGCCACCGAGCUUCAUAGUAAGGCUGAAAUUCUGGAGAAUACGGAAUCCCAUAAGCAGGCUUUAGAGGAUGAAGUACACAAGUCCAAAGAGGAAAACAAAACUCUAAAUGAGAUCAAAUUAUCUUCAUCUUUGUCUAUAAAAAAUUUGCAGGAUGAGAUAUUAAAUCUGAGGGAGAUAAUAAAGAAACUUGAGCUGGAGGUUGGACUGCAAGUAGAUGAAAGAAAUGCUCUUCAGCAAGAAAUUUACUGUCUUAAAGAUGAGCUUAAUGAUGUGAGUAAAAGACAUGAAUCCAUGAUGGAGGAUGUCAGAUCAACUGACUUAGAUCCACAGUGCUUUGCCUCAUCUGUGAAGAAAUUGCAAGAUGAGAACUCAAAGCUGAAUGAAAGAUGUGAAACCUACAAAGAUGAGAAAGAAGCUCUAAAGGAAAAACUGGAGAUCAUGGAGAAGCUUUUGGAGAAGAAUGCUGUUUUGGAGAGAUCCCUUUUAGUUUUGACUGUUGAACUUGAGAGUGCUCGAGGAAAGGUAAAGAUAUUGGAAGAAACUUGUGAAUCUUUGCUUGGGGAGAAAUCCACUCUUGCUGCUGAGAAAGCCACCUUGUUUUCUCAGUUACAAACCACAGUUGAGAAGCUGGAGAAGCUCUCAGAAAAAAACCACCUUUUAGAAAAUUCACUAUUUAAUGUGAAUUCUGAGCUUGAAGGAUUAAGGAUAAAGUCAAAGAUUUUAGAAGACUCUUGUCUGUUGUUUGACCAUGAAAAGUCCAGUCUCACCUCUGAUAAAGAAAUGUUGGUUUCACAAUUGAACAUCACUCAUCAAACUCUGAAAGAUCUUGGGAAAAAACACAGUGAAUUGGAACUGAAGCAUUUGGAACUGAAAGCAGAAAGGGAGUCUGCACUUCAAAAGUUGGAAGAGCUACUUGUUUCCUUAUAUGCUGAGAGGGAAGAACAUUCCAGAAUUGUGCAAUUGAAUGACUGUCAAUUGGCUGAGAAGGAAUUACAAAUUUUUGUUCUCCAAGAAGAUGCAGAUUACCAGAAAAAGGAAUUUGAAGAGGAACUGGACAGAGCUACACAUGCUCAAAUGGAAAUUUUCAUUUUGCAGAAAUGUAUCCAGGAUUCGGAGCAAAAGAACUUCUCCCUUCUAGUUGAGAGUCAGAGACUCUUGGAGUCUUCCAAACUGUCUGAUAGAUUGGUAUCUAAAUUGGAGAAUGACAAUGUUCAAAAGCAAGUUGAUGUGAAUUCGUUGUCUGAGAAAAUUAAAAUACUACGAAUUGGACUGCUUCAGGCGUUAAAGACUCUUGACGUUAACAGUGAGCCUAGGUGUGAUGGUAUUAUUGAAGAAGACCAGGAGCUUCUGAACCAUAUACAUGGCAAACUUCAGGAGACACAGAAUUCUUUUGUCACCAUUUUCAAUGAAAGCCAGCAAGUGGCCAUUGAGAAUUCAGUUCUUGUUGCAUUCCUUGGCCAGUUGAAAUUAAAGGCUGAAAAUCUUUUGACAGAAAGAGAUUCUCUUGAUAAGGAGUUGAGAACCCAGUCUAAGCAGUUCUUGGCAUUGCAAGCAGAGGUACAGAAGAUAUUGGAGAAGAAUCAGGAAUUGAAGUUGACAAUAAGCAAAGGAGAAGAGAAAACGGAAGUAAUGACAACUGAAAUAGAGAAUCUAUGCAAACAGCUGUUAGACUUGAAAGAGGAUCACCAAAACAUAAAGGAAGAAAGUUGCAAAACCUUUGAAGAGAAAAAUUCCUUGAUGAAAAGAUUUCGGGACCUGGGUGAAGAGAAAAGUAAGUUGGAAGAAGAAAUCUGCAUUAUGAUUCACGAUACAAUAGCACAAUCCAAUCUUUCUCUGCUUUACCAGAACAUUGUCCUUGAAAAACUCCAGGCACUUAAAGAGCUAAGCAAAGAUCUUGAUAGACUUUGUUCAGUAAAUACUGACCUUGAGGAGAAACUAAAAAUAAUGAUGGGCAAAUUGGAAGAUGUACAAAUGGAAAACUCAGAUCUUAAAGAGUCCUUGAUAGUGUCAAGCAAUGAACUAAAAUUAGUUCAAUCCGUUAAUGAUCAAUUAAAUUGUCAGAUUAGGAAUGGAAAGGAAUUGUUGUCUCAAAAGGAAAAUGAGAUUCUGGAAGCAGCAAAGAUGUUUAGCACUUUACAUGAUGAGAAAACAGAAUUGCAAAGAUUGGUGGAAGAUCUGAAGAGCAAGUAUGCUGGAGCCAGGGUGAUACUUGAAGACCAAGCUAGUCAAAUUUUAAAAUUAUCCUCAGACAAGGAUACUCAGGCUGCCACACUCUAUACCAGACUGCAGAUUUCUGCUGUCAAUGAGACAUUAUUUGAAGAGAAGGUGCGUGAGCUAGCUGAUGCAUGUGAAGAUCUUGAUCGCAGAAGCAACUUUAAAGGUAUGGAAAGUGAAACGCUGAAAGAAAGAGUUAACAAAUUGGAAGGUGAAAAUGGGAGAUUACGUAGUCAUUUGGCUGCUUAUGUCCCAGCUGUCAGUGCUUUGAAUGAUUGUAUAACAUCCUUGGAGAUGCAGACACUUGCACAUGCAAAUCCUCAUAACUACAAAGUAUUAAAGGUUAAAGAUUUGACGAAUCACAAAUAUGCUGAAAGUGGUCCACAAACAGGUGAAGAUCAGAAUGCUAUGGCAACAGAUGCACUUCCAGACUUCCAAGGCUUGCAGAAAAGGAUCAGUGCAAUUGAAAUGGCUGUUAAACAGAUGAAUGAAAGUUUCAAAACUAAGGAUGAAAUGAGAGAGAUUCAAGUGUUAAAAUCUGGAAUCAGCCGGCGCCAUGAAAAUAUUCAAGCAAGCAAGUAUGUUGAACAGAAGGCAAAAAAAUCAGUGUCAGAUGUCCCUGUAGCAGAAAUUGAAGUUCUGCCAAAAGACAUCAUGCUUGAUCAAACAUCUGAAUGUUCAUACGGGUUAACUAGGAGAGGAACUCUCGAGAAUGAUGAUCAGAUGCUUGAAUUGUGGGAAACGGCUAAUAAGGAUGGCGUUAUUGGCCUGACUGUUGGCAAGGUGCAGAAGAUGGCCAUUGCACCUACUGGAUAUCAUCAAAAGAGAGCAACCAAGGAACCCAAAAACAAAUAUCCUUCAGUAGAGUCCUUGAUUGAGAAGGAGUUGAGUGUGGACAAAUUAGAGAUCUCAAGAAGAUUUACACAUCCACAUCCACAUCCUCAUGAAGAUGGCAACAAGAGAAAGAUUUUAGAAAGACUUGAUUCUGAUGCUCAGAAGUUGACAAACCUUGAAAUUACCGUGCAAGAUUUGAUGAGCAAGAUAGAAAUUACUGAGAGCACAAGGGGAAAAGAUAGCGAGUAUGAUACCGUGAAAGGACAGCUUGAAGCUACUCAGGAAGCCAUCACAAAGUUGUUUGAUGCCAACCAGAAGUUGAAGAAGAAUGUAGAAGAGGGUACCUUGUCCUUUGCUGGGAAGUCUACAGCAGAAUCAGAUGAAAGUGGAAGUGCCAGCAGAAGGAGAGUUUUAGAACAGGCUCGGAGAGGGUCUGAAAAAAUAGGACGGCUGCAGUUCGAAGUGCAAAGACUGCAAUUCUUACUUCUGAAGUUGAAUGAUGAAAAAGAAGGCAAAGGAAAAGCAACGAUGGAUGAACGAAAUUCAAAAGUUCUUUUGAGAGAUUAUCUCUAUGGUGGUGGGACGAGAAGAAGCUACCAGAACAAAAAGAAGAAAGCACCCUUUUGUGCAUGCAUGCAACCUCCCACUAAGGGAGAUUAAGUCGGCAGGAUUUCAGCAUAGUUUAAAUUACUUGAGACUUCUUGUUUGUAAAUCUUACUUUAUAAUCUAGAGAUGGUUCAAGACUCUACAAGUUUUUCUACGGAGAGGAUCUAUUGUUCUUGUAGCGUAGAGAUCCUGCUGUACAUGUUAUGUAAUGUUCACUCAGAAGAAGCUAGGAUGGAAUUUUCGCCAUUUCAUUUUCUGAAUAAUCCCCUCCUUCUUGGUUAGACUUGUCGUUCUUGUCUAGCUAUUACUUUGAUUACCAUUGUGGUGCCAUGCAAUUAUUUUCCUUUUUUCUU